GGCGAGGGUGGCUGCUUCCUGGAGACCACAGGUGUUGAAGCGAGCGCUGUGCCGGUAGCCGACCGGCUUCUUAAGCUUGCAGGAUGAAUGUGGGGGUGGCACACAGCGAAGUAAACCCCAACACUCGAGUGAUGAAUAGCCGGGGCAUCUGGCUGGCCUACAUCAUCUUGGUAGGACUGCUGCAUGUGGUUCUACUCAGCAUCCCCUUCUUCAGCAUUCCUGUCGUCUGGACCCUGACUAAUGUCAUCCAUAAUUUGGCUAUGUAUGUCUUCCUACAUAUGGUGAAAGGGACACCCUUUGAGACCCCUGACCAAGGAAAGGCUCGGCUACUGACACACUGGGAACAGAUGGACUACGGGCUCCAAUUUACCUCUUCCCGAAAAUUCCUGAGCAUCUCUCCUAUUGUACUCUACCUCCUAGCCAGCUUCUACACCAAGUAUGAUGCUGCUCACUUCCUCAUCAACACAGCUUCAUUGCUUAGUGUACUGCUGCCUAAGUUGCCCCAAUUCCAUGGGGUUCGUCUCUUUGGCAUCAAUAAAUACUGAAGGAUGGGGCUGGGGACGACGUUGGAACAAAAGGCUGUAACAUCUUUCUCCACACUGUCUUCUGUAUCUUGAAGUUUGAGAACUAUACAACCAUUCCCAAACUCCCAGGAAGAAAGCAGAAUAGAAAAUGGGGCUCCCUGGGCCUAGCCCUGCUAGGAGUAGGUUUAAGUCAGGAAAGGCAGGUAAGGUAAGAGACUAAAACAACUCUCCUCCAUAGGAGGCCAUGUUUGGGCAGCUUGUUUGGUGAUUAAGUAUUUCCAUAUCUUCCUUUAUACUUACUUUAUAAGUAUUUUCCUUAUAAUAAAGGUUUGGUUUUUUUUUGU